AAUCGAAACUUAAAUGUGUUCAAUCAACAAAAGUUAUCAAAGGAACUGGCUAUCAUUUAGAUAUAAUGAUAGCAGGUAUAUUAAUAUCAAUUAGUGGACUAUUUGGUCUUCCUUGGAUAUGUGCAGCACCUGUACGAAGUCUUGCUCAUGUUGCUAGUUUAUCUAAAUAUAGCAAUACUCAUGCACCUGGGGAAAAAGCUCGUCUAAUUGAUAUAAAAGAUCAACGUUUAACAAAUAUUGGUGUGCAUUUAUUUAUUGGUUGUACAAUAUUUGCAGCUCCAAUUAUUCGUAAAAUUCCAGUUGCUGCUUUAUUUGGUAUAUUUUUAUAUUUUGGUAUUGUAUCUAUACCUGGUACACAAUUAUUUAGUCGAAUUAAAAUGACAUUUAUUCCAACAAAAUAUUAUCCAAAUUUUGGUUAUUUAAGACGAGUUCGUCAAAUGAAACGCCAUAUAUUUACAUUUAUACAAGUGAUUUCUGCCGGUUUAUUAAUUACAAUUAAAAUGACAAAUUUUGCUUUUCUUUUCCCACUUAUACUUAUCUUACUUGUACCAUUUCGAAAAAUGUGUCUUCCAUUUAUUUUUACAGAACGUGAACUUACUGAGCUUGAUGGUGAUGAAGAACCGGGUAGUACCUUCGAUGAUGAAAUAGACUUUUAUGGUCAAGUUCAUUUACCAAUUUGA